AUGUCAACUGAUGUUGAUUACUAUACUAAAUAAAGAAGCAUAUCACAGUUGCCUUAACGCAAACAUCAACACUUCGAUUGUUAUGACAUCAUUACACAAGACCAACAUUAUCAAGAUUUAGUGAAUUUGGCUGCAAAGUUUCGAUAUAACAGAUUAGAUCGCUUUAAAAUGUUUAUACUUAAUGGAAUGCUUUAGCGAAAUCAGCCACUUCAAUCUUUAAUUGAAAAGGGUUUUCGUCGUGGAAUUAGAGUUCAAACAGAAGAGAGAGUCUUGUAACCAAUUAAGCAAGGAAUCAGAAGAAUUUCAUUAAUAGAUUAUCCUCAAUUUGGAAGAAAAACUGUUGAGAGAUUGAAAGUUUAAUAAGAUAAAAACAAAAAAUUAAUGAAAGCUAUUCAUCGCAAUAAUGAAAAUGAAAUUUCCACAUUCACCAUGGAGUGA